AUGUUUGGAAGAAAUCCAAGAUUUCCCUUUGAAGCUGAGAAAUGUGAGACAGACCUCACUGUGGAAAAUGACAUUGCAGAGCUGUUGCAGGAUGUGAACAGUGAAGUAGCCAUAGAAAAACAUGUCGAGCAAAUGUCUCAAAUGAGGGAUAACAUAUUCCCCAUUGUUGACUCCAACAUCAAAAAAGCCCAGGAAAAACAACAAGCACAGUAUCAGAAAAAAAGGGGUAAACAUGUAUGCCAAUUCAAGGAUGGAGAUACUGUCUUGCUUCAUAACAUGCGACAGAAAACAAAGAAAGGGCAUAAACUGGAAGAUCAAUGGAAUGGCCCGUAUAAAGUUAUGGAGGCUGAUGUAUAUAGGGGUGUUUGCACGUUGUUAAAUCCAUUGACAAACAAAGCAGGAAGACAGCAAUCAAUUAAAAACCUGAAGCUCUACAAACAGGAGAAUAAAAGCUCACAAACGCAACUCUGUUUGUGCACGGCAUCAAAAUUACAGCAUCCGUCAAAAUCGAGCUUUCGGAAGCAGCCAUGUGAAGAAGACGAGUGCAAGAUUGUGAAGGAAAGGAAGUCGGAUGUGAGUUUACUAAGCAAGAUGAAGACACCAAAUUAUCAAUUUAAUGAAAAUGAUGAAGACGUCAUUAUCAAAAAUGGUCUGCUUACAGACAUUGACAUUGGCAAGGCCCAAAAUUUGUUGAAGCAACAAUUCCCAAGCAUGGAAGGCCUCCAAGCAACAACAUUAGGUAUGGUGCAACAGUUUGAUCUCAUUAAAGUGUGUCAUGGACAGGAUCCCAGCAAGAUAACUUUCAAAAGGAGGAAUAUCCGAAGUCACUUGUGGAAUUGUUUUACUAAAGGCAAAAUGCAUAUGUUUCCAUCUGUACCAAGAAUGUCAAGCCCUGAACAAACAUCA